UGUUAAAUUUGCUAUGCCUCCAAAACGCAAACGUGUCGUUUUGAAAGUUGAGCAGAAGCUUGAUAUCAUUCGUAGGCUAGAGAAUGGUGCUACGCAAGCGAGAAUUGCAGAAGAAUUCGGGAUAGGAACCAGUACAGUCUCUGAUAUUUUUAAACAGAGAGACACACUCAAGAAAUUCGUUUCUGAAACCGCAGUGUUUGAGGUCGCUGCAAAACGCAAGGUGAUGAGGUCUGCAAUUAACGAAGCCGUGGAUCAAGCAACUUACUGCUGGUUUCUUCAGCAGCGUGCUAGCAAUACGCCCCUUUCUGGCGAAUUUAUUAAAGCACAGGCGCUAAAAUUCAACAAAAUCUGUCUUCGUGACGGCACUGGCGGGAACCCAGAUUUCAAGGCAUCAUGUGGAUGGCUACAGAAGUUCAAGGAGCGGCAUGGAAUCCGUGGUCGAUCCGUGCAGGGGGAAAUUCUCUCUACAAAUCCGCACGCAGUUGACUUAUUCCUCAACCAACUUGAAGAAAUCAUUGCCGAUGGAGAACUCUCUAGGGAGCAGAUUUAUAACUGCAAUGAGACAGGCUUGUAUUUUAAGGUAUUGCCACACCGCACGCUCGUUGGACCGAGAGAGAAGACAGCACCAGGGAGCAAGAAGAGCAAGGAUCGCCUCACUCUCCUGGCAACGUUCAAUGCCACUGGUACCCACAAAUUGCCCCUCUUGCUGAUCGGCAAAUCGAAGAAACCAAAAUGUUUCAAGAAUGUCAACAUGGCUGCCCUUCCUGUCACCUACAAAAACCAGAAGAACGCAUGUAUGGAUAGCGAUAUCUUCAACCAGUGGUUCAAACACUAUUUCGUUCUUGCUGUUCGCCGCCAUCUGACACUGAAAGGUCUUCCAGCAAAGGCAAUUCUGCUCAUAGACAACUCCCAUUUGCAUCCAUAUGCUGGAGAGAUGACAUCAGAAGAUGGUCAAAUCCGAUGCGUCUUUCUACCACCCAAUACCGCUCCACUCUUGCAGCCUAUUUACCAGGGAAUUCUGGAGACGACAAAGAGAAUCUACCGCAAGAACCUCGUCAAAAAGAUCCUCUCUGAGCCUGACAAUUCCAGCGAAGGCAUCUUGAAUUUCAUCAAAUCCUUAACAAUCAAGGACGCAGUCUACAUGUCAGCUGAAGCAUGGAAUGCUGUCAAAGCUAACACAAUCAGCAAGUGUUGGCGGAAGCUAAAUCUUGGUCUAGAAGCAGCACAUGAUCAGGCGACAGAGGUUGGGGCUACACAACAAGAAUGUGCGGGAUGA